AUGUUCUUGCUUGCUUCACGUAGACCCAUUGCUCUUCGCUCUUGCACCAUCAAGCAUUCUUGCUCUUAUUCGACUCUGCCUUCUCAGGUUAAGCAUCGUGAGAACAACAUCACAAUUCAACAGCUUCAUUCUCUUCUGCACAAAAAUGAAUCGAACCCGAGGAUUAUCCACCAGCUACACUCUCACUUCACCACUAGUGGGCUUCUUCUCCUUCAUCCGAAGCAAAACUCUGAUACACUUUCUCUAUUCAAUCCUCUGCUUCGAUGCUAUUCUCUGACCGAAACUCAGCUUCGGGCUUAUUUCCUCUACGACUAA